UCUCAAGAUGGCGCAUAUCUGGUUCCACCAGCCUGAUGCCAUGUCCGGUUCCCAACAGUAGUUUCCGGUUUCUCCAGCACCUGUGGCGAGUCGACACUUCGGAGUGAGCUUGAGUAGUUCUUUGAGCGCAGCUGAGUUCUGCCGUUGGGAUGGCAGACCGCGCCCCGCUGCUCGAGUACGAGGAAGGUCCCGCCGUCACAUUCUCUCCUUGGGAUGGCUCCAGCCCGGCUCCUGGGAACGGAGCUGGAUCAGCGGCCUCACCGCGCGGAGCUGCCGACAGCUGGAACCCGGGAUCGGACCCGGAGAGAGAUGUGGCCGCGGCUCCAGGAGCUCAGCAGCAGGAAGAGGAGGAGCAAGUGGUGGCCGUGUUUGUGGUAACUUUCGACACUAGAGCAGGUGAGAGCGGUCUCCCAACAGCUGUAGUUCUCAUACUGUUUCCGCAAUUAAAAUGGCUGCGGGAUGUAGGGGAAGAUGGCGGGGUAUCCGUGGUACCAGGAGAUGGAGAUGGAGAUGGAGAUGGAGGUGGAGGUGGAGGUGGUAGUACUCAAGGCUACUUUCGAAAAGGUAACUACUUUGGUAUGGCAUGCUUUGCCAACAUGCCAGUGGAGAGCGAGCUGGAACGAGGCGCUCGAAUGAAAUCUGUUGGAAUUCUGUCCCCAUCGUAUACACUCCUGUACAGAUACAUGCAUUUCCUGGAGAAUCAGGUCAGGCAUCAACUUGAAAUUCCUGGGCAUUAUACACAAUUAGAAGCCUUUUAUGAAGACAAGAAAGGUGUUUUACCCACAGCGAUGAGCAGCAAAGGAAUUCCUACAUCCCUUCAGCCUCUUCACUGGUUGCCAACUGUUAAUAAAUACAUGUAUCCUGAGAUGAAGAUCACUCAUCCUGCAGGAUGCAUGUCACAGUUCAUCAAGUUUUUUGGGGAGCAGAUAAUGGUUCUUUGGAAGUUUGCACUUUUAAGGAAACGGAUUUUGAUUUUUUCUCCCCCACCGGUUGGAGUGGUCUGCUAUAGAGUUUACUGUUGUUGCUGUCUGGCCAAUGUUUCACUGCCUGGGAUCAGAGGAGUGCCUGAAACCAAGCCUUAUUUCUACAUCAGUGUAGCAGAUAUUGAAACUCUGGAGACUGAAGUAUCUUAUGUGGCCUGCACAACAGAAAAGAUUUUUGAAGAAAAGAAAGAUCUAUACGAUGUUUAUGUCGAUAACCAAAAUGUGAAAACUGACCGUGAGCACCUUCAGCAACUACUUAAAAUAAACAGUGCAGAUAAGGACAAGUAUCGCAAGCUCAAUGACCAGAGGCAAAUGCUACUUUAUUCUCAGGAGGUGGGGGGAGAUUGCAGUACCAAUGAAGAAGACCUGUUCAUUCUGUUUUUCAUGGAACAGAACAAUCGGAUCUUCCAGAUGUUGCUGGAAGUGUCAGCAUGCCAAGAUAAAACACUUACAGCUGACCAUGUAAGGAGUAUGGGGCUGGAUCCCCAGGGGGAUCGCAUCUUCCUGAUGGAUUUACUUGAAGUUUAUGGGAUUGACGUGAUGUUGGUUAUUGACAAUCCUUGUUGCCCGUGAUCCAAGUGAACUUUGACUAGUGAACUGCUGUAUGAACUGGACAGGACCAAGAUGAGAGGUUUGAAUGGAUACAUUGAGUUUAAAAUAACCAAGUGCACUUGCACCAUGACUUGCCACCAUCUCUUGAAUUGUGCGCAGGUCAGUUCAUGGGUCACUUGUUUUGGCUCUUCAGUUAUCUGUGUAUUUAAAGAUUGUUGGAGAAUUAACCAGUGGAAGAAAUCAGAACGGUUUCACUGAAAGAAAAACCCAAUUGAAGGAAAUUUUAUUUAUUUGUAGUUUUGAUUUUUCCUUUUUUUUGUAAUUUCUGAAUGUGUUUUAUAACUAGCAGCUGUGAAUUAGCACAUACACAUGCAUGAAUGCAUUUGUGAAUUUAUUUUAGUACAUCAGAGACUCCAUACUACACCACUGUGAAAUGUAGUAAGCCUUUCCUGUUUAUGUUUCAACCAAGAUUGCAUUCUUCUUUUCAGUAGGUCCUUAGUUUGAUUUUCAUUAGCCGCUCUGCUUAAUGGCUUGCAAUGGCUCAUUCCCUUUUAAAUUCUGAAUAUUUUUUCUUGAAUAGGUAUUUAAAAUUGUCCCUUUGCACAAUUUUUAAGACUUAUUGGCCUGUAGUAGGUGACUUUGACAUCCACAUGAAAACAAAUUUAAUCACUUAGUUACAUAUCCUAUUACAGUGUAUUGUUAUUAAUUUGAUUGGAGACUCAGCAUUUCAAAUGCAGGGAAUGGGAGGAAUUUUCUGAUCCAGAAUAGUUCUCUCUGGUGACAGAGUCUUCUGCAAACUCAUGUUAAACAAAUUCAGCAAUUGUUUGAAUGUUUGACUGCAUCUUGUACCUUGCUGUUAAACAGCAAUAACAAGGGAAUGUUGGAGCCUGCUUAUGGAGUGAUCAAUAUUUUAAGUUAGAAAAACAGUUCUCAGUGCUACCUGUAAGGCGGUUGCAUGCUUUUCACCAAGCCUUUGCAUCUUCAGCUGUUUGCUCAAGAUGAGAAAUGGUAUUGCUGUACUCCAAGCUGCCACCUUAAUUUUUGUUUAGAAUUCUUUGAAAUGUUUGUACUGCUUUUGACAUUCAUUUAAUGAGCAGAAAAAUUAAGAUCAAAUUUAAAGUGACAUUUGAAAAAAUAAAUUCUAAAUAGUACUUAGGCAUGUACAAAAUAGAAGGACUAAGUAACGUUUUGAAGAAAGGUCUUGCGUAAGAAAAGAAAAUGGUAAAGAAUGUUAAAAUAAUUGCAGAAAUGUUGAGGCUUGGAUUAAAACAAAAGGCAGAAUGAAGGGGUGGUGGAGAUACAAAAUAAGUAUUCAUCUCUUUUUCAGUGUUUUUGUAGGAAUGAGAGGGUAAGAGGAGGAGGUGGGUGAACCAUUUGGAGGGGACAACUGUAGAUAAGGAAGUACUAAGAAAAAUUGGUGAAACUCAAUGAUAAAUCAGUUAUAGACUGGUUGGGCUUGCAUUAUAUGCUGACAAGUUUUGAAAGCUGGGCAUUGUUACUCCUCUGUAAGAUGUGCUCAAAGUUAAGGGUUUUGAUAUAGAAAAAUGAUGCAAACUAUUUCAGCUGCUUGGUGAACCUUUAGCUGGAAGGUAUCAAAUUAGGCAGAUCAAAAAAAACGAAGUUGGUUUUGGGAACACUCUUUCUCUAAUUGUGCUUUAAUAUGUAAAACCCAAAUUGAAUGUUAAACCGAGAAAUGAAUAAAUGUUUUAAAGGACAGUUGGAUGGAAUACAAUGAAUAGUCGAGAGGUACAGGGCCAAUUUAGAGUGAUAUCUUUGUUCUGUAAAAUUGAAGUUUAAUAUAUAGAUUGAAUAAAAAUAAGAAUAGUUAAGUACCUACAGGAUAUAUUCUCAUUCUUUAAAAGUACUGUAUUAUAAUAAAAAUUACAGCAAGAAGGCUUGUCAACUUUAAACAAUUAUCUCCUUUCUUUAUCUUGUAUUCACUUGCAAAUGUGUAAUUCAGGUUGCUUCCUGAGAUUAUCACAAUUUACAAAGUGGAACAUUUUACCACUAGUGACUAUUUAAAUGUGACUGAGAUUUCGUUUUGCCAUACUAGAGGUAAUCCUGAGUUAAGCUCCUUAAUAUGUACCAACCUGUCAAAACAAUUCACUCUUGCAAAACCUUCUCAGAGUUUUCAAACAUCUCUUAGAUUCAAGGGAUUUUUAAAAAACUUUCCGGUCAGUUAAGAUUCUGAAUUUUUCAACACUGUCCUAAUCAAUAUCAUUUCAUUUCCUUGAGCAAUUUUAAUGGAUAUUGACCAAAACUUGCCAUAGCUCUAAUAUUUUAAUAGGAAUGUUCAGAACUCUAACUAAAGCCUACAACUUGGUUUUCCAAACAACGCAUGUUUAAAAUUGAUGUUACUUUGUUUAAAACCCUUCGUGGUAUUAUUCUAUGUGCAUUUACACAAUAAAGGAGUAGGUUAUGCCUUACAAAUCAUUUGGAGCUCAUGAAGUGGUUCUUGAUUUAUUGAACAGGAAUUGUGUCACAGGUAUCUUUUUGUCAAAUUUUAAGGACAGUUAAGGCUCAUGAAAGUAAUGAUGAGCUGGAUAGUGUUAUUGAAAAUUGUCAAUAAACUUAAAAUCCCCUGGAAGAGGAUAGGGUGGCAUUUUGGCACUAGCAGCAGCGCAGAGCCAUAAUCCAGGAAGGAUCAUAAGCAUCACUGUCCAUUAGAGAGAAUCAGUGGUUACACAUACCUUUUGAGGAUAGCCACUCUCCAAGAAUGGAGGAAGGUGAGGAGGCAAAGCCUGUAUGGGGAUCGACCCUGUGCUGUAGGCUUUAACUGAACCUGUCAGUAAUGAUAUGGCAGGGGCUGCUGUAGCAAUAAAAUUUUACAGUCGGCCAAAGCAAAUACCAUUACUGACAAAUCGAAGGGAAUUAAAAGUAUUCAAAUGGCUCUAAACAAAUUGAAAAAUGGUAUAAUGAAUGUCACUGACCUUAAUGUCAGUAAAGUAAUGCACAUUAGAAUAUGGAAACUGUCUUGUCAGUAAAUGCCCAUUAGUAAAGUAUGAGAGAUUUGUGUGAUUAUUGACCUUACUUCAAUUAGCCAAUCAAUAUUAAACGCAUCAGAGGACUAAGUAUAGGAAAACUCUCAAGGGCAUUUGAGUAAGUUGUUAAGGUCAUACCAAAAAUACUGUUAGAUUCCAUGCCCCACCUUUCAGGAAUUAAUCCUUUUUAUUUGCAUGUUGGGAAUGUUGGCACUUCAUUACAUAUACAGUUGCACUGCCACACAUGCCCCUGACUUGAAAAUUCAAAUCUAGAAUUUUAUAUGAAAUGAUGAACUUUUAAUAUAUAACCACAGAUGCUGUAGUAUGGAGUAUCUGGUGCAUUUUCUCACCAAUCACUUUUGAAGGCAAGACUUGUGUUUUUUUUAAUUUAAAUUUUAGAAAUAGUGUUAUCAUCCAAUAAUUUUAUGUCUUUAAAACGUAAGAUUCUGCUCCAGGUGUUGGGAGACCAAGAUUAGGUUUCAUUUUUGAUUCUGUGAGCAUCAAUACUUUAAUCUGUAAAAUUCAUUCCAUUGUAGAUAUUUUUAAUGGUGACUUGCACUCUGUUUCUGUCCGGAGCUGUAAUUGGGAAGGGGGUGACUUUUAUUGCUGGAUUGAAGGGUACGUUUAAUGCUGGAUUGAUGUUGAUAGUACAUUGAAUUUAUGUGAGCUGCACUUUGCCUACCAUGAGUUUGGAGCCUAAACUGCAUUAUGUAGCUAAUCCAAGUGAUCAUUUUUGUUUACAUUUGUGGUCCACCUGUUAGUUUUCAGUUUGUGUGUGUUGUAGUACUAGAUUACAAAAAGUAUAUGGUUACUACAUAUGUACAUUUGCAAACAUUUUGUCAUUGAGAAUGGACAGUAAGUUUUUCUACCUCUCCCUGCCAGCCAGGGCUGAGUGAAUUUUUUCCUUAGCCACAUUGUUAAUUUAAUAUUGGGAGAUAUGUUUAAGCCUAGCACAUGAGAGCUACACCAAUCCACUUGUGUUUAUUGAUACAAUUGCUGAAUUAACACCUAUCGCAACUUAUUUCAUCUAUUCAAUGAUGUUUCUGAGCAUUGGUGUGAUUUUCUUUUGGUUUAGCUGUAUUUAAGGAUAUCUUUGACACCUGGCUAGAUCUCCUGGUGCUACCAACAUGAAUAACAUUUCUGCCAGUGAAGCAUUUAAUUCUUUUAUUCCUUUGCAUUAAUAUUUCUUAAUGUUAAAAGGGUGCAGUGAAGCAGCAAUAACCAACUUGUAUUAUAAAGAAUAUGACCAAAUUGAUGGAUGUAUGAUUACGACUAAAAUAUUCCUAUCGUAGUUCAUGUUUAUUCUGCACUGAUAAGUGAUGAUACAGUGUAUAAGAUCCAAACCAACGCUGCUGUUGUAUAGUAUGUCCAAGUAUUGAACAUGUAACCAGGUAUUGUAGUCUUUUGUAUAGUAUUGCCUGGUCUGUCUUAACUGUACACUCUGAACUAUUCAAAGUUGCAUGGACAUGAGGUAAACGGUAACUUUAAAAACAUGAUCACACAAUCUGAACAUAGCAUUUGUGUACGUUCUAUAUUUUAAAUCCUCACCUCUUAAUUUUUAACACUAAUUUUGAAGUCUUCUAUUUACGGUUAUAAACAGUCAUCUUGGACAGUAAAUUAUCUAUUUUGACAGCAUUUAAUGGUCUCUUUCACUUUAUUGCACUGGUGUGACACGAAUCAUGUGAUUUGAUGUAUCCAGCCACGGGUGAAUCCACACAACUGGUGACUCAGUCUGAGAUCUUACUGCACAAUGAUCAACUUUCAGAACCAUUUUAACUAAAGCGAUAUUGUAAUCCAGUCAUUUCCAUACAUGAAAAAGAAUAUGUACACACCAACAUCCAUGACGUCUUAGUUCCUAAUAACAUGAUCCCAUUGAAUGACAAAGCAGGCUCGAGGAGUUAAAUGACCUCAUCUUUUCUUAUCUCUUAAGGGCUUGUGGAGCUUUUUAUUUGCUUUCAUUAUUACUUUCUGACUUUUUUUUUGAAAGAAGCUUGAUAGAAAACUUCAAAUUUUGGAAACAAAAUGGAUUUUAGUAAAUAGUUUUGUGACGUUUUUGGCAAAGUGUUUGUGUACUCACCAAUACACUUGGAUCAAACCCCCUAGCGUUCAGAUUGUAUUUAAUUUUGUACUAGUACCUAGAAAUUGUUCUUCCUCCGUUUACUGUAGAAGCUGAAAGCCUGCAGCUAGUGUCCUAUGGAGGAAAGGUAAGUAACUUUUUGUCCUUGGGCAUUGAUUGGGUCGAUAAUAACAGACAUUGAUAUACCUACCUUAUGUCAGUGGGGAAAGGGAAAUAUGAAUUGGUAGUUUUUUGUUUUAAUUUUGAAAACUUUGAAAAGAUGGCUGUUCUUUUUUCACUGCCUCCACUCUUUGAUACUGUGUUAGCUUCACAAAAAAAAAUGAAAGGUUAUAGCCUGCUCAGUUUUGAAAUUUUCAUUAUCUAUUAAGGUGCAGCGGUAUUAAUUGACAUUGACAUUGACGUUAAUCAAUAUGGUAUAAGGAGAGAGAUGAGAAAGCUAUACUGCCUCUGCCAAUAGUCUGUUGGGAUCUUGGUGGAAACCAAGGCUGUGAACUUGAUCAUGUUAUGAAAUUUUAAGAUUUUAGAUUCAAGGUUCUUACUGUUAUGCCUGAGAUUAAGAAAUGCUGUGGUUGCAGAGGGAGCCUUAAAAUGUUUUAUAAGGUGCUGUGAAAUUUAUCUGUAUUUCAUUGUUAGGAUUAGAAGAACAUAGAAUGGAAAAUUUGGAUUUUUAAAAGAAGGUACCUGCUGUUGAAAUUACUAAAAGGGACUUGGUUUUUUUUUAAUAAAAGGUGUAUGUGAAGAGAUGUAAAUUUCUCAAUGUUUUCUGUGGAUGAUUUUGUACUCUGUAAAUCUGGAUAGAUGUGCCUAAUAUAUUUUCUAAUUAAAAGUUAUCCAUAGCAAAUCUUA